AGGAAUUUGUUAAAAUACAAAACUGUUUUUACCAGAAGUAAAGAGGUUUCUUGAUAAUUCAAGAUGAGUCCUAAAAGAUUAUCAAGUCGACGUGCAAGUAUGGACACUGUUAGUCAAAGGAAAAAAUUAAAAACUGAUGUUUCAAAUUUGCGAAGAACCUUGAAAGAAAGUGGAUUGACUUUGAAACAUCCUCCAGACAAGUGUAUUGCUUCUCAGGAAAUUACUCAUAUUGUACGCAACAUUAAGAAAAAUCUGGCAAAACAUGUCGAGUUUCCUCUUAAUGUGUCCGAACUAUAUUCAGACUUCGAAAAAGAAUGCAACAAUGCUGAUGUUUUUAAGCAUUAUCUGUUCCCAAAUAUCGCUCGGAUCGCCGAAGACAGCCCUGAAGAGCACCCAAUAAGUGACACUGUGGUGAAAAUUCUACUGAGCGUUCCAACACUGCAAAAUAAAUUAAUCGAUUUCAUAUUUGAAAAGGCCAUAGAUUUAGCUGCAGAAUCAAAAUGUGCUCCAUGGAUACAGAUGAUACUUAAAAACCUGUCUUCCUUGGACAGUAUAAUAGAUUCUGAUAAGAUGUCAUCAAAUCUCAUAAAUUUAUUGGAUAUUGCCUCAGAGAAGAUGGUGAAAUUGGAGAUAAUAACAGCUAUUCCUGAUAUAGUUGGAGACCAGGAACAUAACAACAUUGCCAUAGAAAUGAGCAGGAUUCUGAGUGAAGAACAAGAUCUUAUACCUGCAAUUUUGGAUUGUCUGACAUACCUGUGCUUAUCAGAUGAGCAAUAUGAACAACUGCAAAAGAAAACCUUAAGUAUUCUUGGAGCCUUGUCGAGGUGCAGUUACUUUGCAAAUUUUAUCAAAUUCCUGCUGAUGCCAGGUCGAAUGAGUGAUAAUGCCUAUUUAGAAACUGUACAAGGGUUAAGAAAUGCUUUAGGCUGGCCUACAUGUGUUGCAAAACCACAGGACAUAGCCACAAGCCAAGUUCUGACUGCUACAGCCAUUAGAAAUUCAAUGGUGUCUUCAAAAGUAACAUCAAACGCUUGGUUGAAGACUAUUGCCUCCUGUAAAGUGACCACAGAUCAUAAACCAAUUGAUUUCAUCAUACUUCUUAUAUUAUAUACAACAUCUGAAGAAAAACAGAGACAAGUAGAAAACUUGAUUAGAAAACAAAUAAAAUUAAAUGUUCUGAAGGAUGACUUAUUGGAUGAGUCCUUUGAAAAAUUUAAACCAAUUUUGAAAGAUUACUUGAAAAACUUGAUCGAUCUGACCAAUUCAUUACUAAAAACAAAAAAUGACCCUAUGGUUGAAUCUUUUGCUACACACAUUUAUACUUUAAUGUUAUCACAACUAGAUGAUUGCAGUCAAACUAUUGUAGCGGAAUUGCUACAGCUUGGCCUGGACUGUAAACAAUGUGUAAUGAGCAUUCUAAUCAUACUGAAUAAUGUUGCAUCAAAAAACAUGUCUUUACUAAAGCCCCAAAGUCUUCAAAUGCUCACUUUAUUGGAUAGAAUGGAUGACAUGUCUCUAGCUGAAAUCAGAGCAGUAAUGAACCUAGUAUGUGGCCUUGCAUACAGUUAUGAAAAUUCAGUAAUAAGGGAUGAUAUACAUAUGAUUAUCAGAAAGGAACUGAGCAGCUCCAGUCCAAUUAUUAAAAUCCAGGGAAUUCUUGCAGGUAUACAUGCUGUCAAAUAUCUCAUGGCUUCAAGUUCUGGAGAAGAUGAGACAGUAGAAAUACCAGAUAAUGUUAGUUAUAGCUCUGUUACACACUUAUCGGAGGGAGAUCUUCGUGAAGCUGCACAGAUUAUUGAAUUGAUAAGUCGCAGCACCAAACAGUUCCCAGAUAUGAUUUCAUUCUUUUACGAUGAGUUGUCAAUAGUUGUCCAGUCAGCAACUUAUAUAAAUAAACAUUUUAUAUCCUGGUUAACAGAUGCAGUUACAAAUGAUUUGCAACAAAAUUUCAUUGUAGAUGCUAUAGAAGCAGAAAAGAUUGGCAGUUUAAAGCUAACAAUGCAAUAUUGCCUUAAUGCAGACAGUGAAGUGGAUGAUGUAAUUGCAAUAAAUAUUGCAGGAUUGACUCUGAAAAAAGAUCAAGAGGUAGUGGUUGAAAUUCUGUCGCCUCUUUUUCAACUUGUACAAACUUUACACUCAAAGCGGGAAGACGGAAAUCUAUCUAGCAUUGAUGCUUUACUUGGAUGUCCUAUUGUCAUGCCCACUUUUGAUAUUGAUUUAAUUGAAGAUAUGGAUCAUUCUACUGUGGGCAACAUAUUAGACUGUUUGAUUCACUGUGUAAAUUGGUUAAGAGAACUACUCAAUGCCUUUGCAAGUCAAACAGAUUAUGCUCUUAAAAGUAAAAUACUUAAUAGAGUCCUGCAGGUUGAAGACAUAGAAAUAUUAAUUGGACAAAUUUUAUUAUCAAGCAAAAUUGCAUAUAAACCUCCUGUCUGCACAUUCAAUAUCAAUAAAUACACAGGUGAACAAGGGGAAAAAAAAACUCCUAAAGCACAAAAUUCGAAAUUGAAACCACAAAAGAAAGCCGCGCAAGAUGAUACAGUGCUCCCUGUGACUGUUAAAUCUCAAGCAACACAAAAUAAUGUUAAUUUUAAUAAGAAACUUGAUUCAAUCCACAACAUACCUCUCAGGCCUUUAAAUCUAAAUUUAAUUCACCUGCUUAACUCUGAUCUGACAUCUGAAAAUGAUGAAGAUUCAAAUUUAUCUAUUAAAACUAUGAAGUUUCUUCUGAGAUGUGUUAACACCAAUUUAGAGAAGGUAUUAAUUUCGAAAAUUAAAAGGAAAACAUUUCUAACAAAGCAAGAAAAUGUCGAAACUUAUGACCCAAAGAAAGCAGAAGAAUGUGCCAAGUCUGUAAGUGAAAUACUACCAAAAAUAAUGAAUCACUUGCAGUGUGUAACUUCCUAUAUUGAAAGCCAUAAUAUUGAACAUUCUCAAAAUGUAAAUGGUUUUAUAUUCAGCUCUGAAAUGAUAGAUCAUUUGUUAUGUUUGGAAAGUAUUUAUAACAUUUUCACAAUAUAUUUCAAAUGGAUAGGGUUCAAGAAUAAUCACACUGCUUUACUAAAAAGUUCUUUAAGAACAAUAGCAAUCGCAAGUGAAGGAAAUGCAAUGUCAAUGAAGGACUUGCUGUUGAAUGUUGCGAAGUAUCUACAAAAGCAUGAAAAAUAUUGCUUACAGCUAUCAACUGCCAUAUCUCUAAUAGAAUUUUUGAAGGCCAUCCAAGAAUUUUCAGAGAAUACAACAAUACUAAAAAUUGUGAGAGAUAUGGCUCAGAACUUUUUGUCGCAACAAUGGAAAACUCCUGAUGGAAUUCAGGAAAAAGGACUAGCAUUCAAUCAAAGUGUAGACAGACUGGCCGGACUUUAUUUCGUUAACAAUGAAAUACUUGCUUUGAAAAAUUUAACGUUACAACUAAUGAACGAUAUAAAUGUGCUCAAAACUAGGAAUGAUACACUACUGUCAUUGAAAUGUAUUAAUAAAGCAAACUUUCCAAUUUUGUAUAGAAAUCUUGGAACAGCUCUUCAUGAAGCAGCCAAAACUCGUCUGGAUAAAGGACUGACUAACUCCGAACAUUUAGGACUUUGGAAGGACGUCGCAACUAUUAUGAAAUACAUGUCGGAAAUAGCGAAAACUUUGGAAACGAGGAACAACUUGACGGCGUUUUUCAAGAAAUCUAUUCCAGUGUUAAAGUUGUUUUUGUCUCAAGGAAUCCCUAUUUUGGAGUUAGAAUUCAAAGACGCUACGCAGGAAGUGCUAGAGAUAUUAAAGAUAUUACAGCAAUCGACGAGGUUUUUGCAGUCUCUUUGCUGCCACUCUAGAUUGAAAAAGGAUACUGCAUUGAUGAGCAAAGUACCGUACAUGCGGCAACUACUUGAAACCUUAUUAUACAAAGUAAAAGCCGCAUUGGCAGCCAAUAACUGCUCAGAAGCAUUUUGGAUGGGUAAUCUUAAGAACAAAAACAUUCACGGAGAAAUUAUAACUACCCAGCAAAGUGUGAACAGUGAAGAGUCUUUGGAAGACUGUGAUGAACAACUACCUGAAGAUGAAGAUAGCGAUGAGACUGAUGAUGAAGUGUUGAAUGCCAACUCCAACAAUAUAAAAAACGUUUUGUAAGUAGUGUUCUUAACAAAUGUGCUUUUGAAAAUAUUUGCUUU